AUGAAGUCAUGUUUGCUGCUUUUCCUCGCAGGUUUCAGCUCAGUAGCUUUGGCCAACAUCGGAACCGCAACGGGAGAAAGCCAAGCCCAUGCCGCGGACAGCAUACCAAACAUCGGUGAAGUCAACAUCGCCAUUGACAACGCGCAGGUCGCGCAGGAUCCCUUGACGAUGGGUGCGAUGCCCCCAAGCGAUGUUGAUGACGCGUCUCGCCAUCGACGGGAGAAGCUACAGCUACUGAAAAGAAUGGAUAAGAAGAGCGGCAGAUGGGGAACGAGCCAUCCGCGUUACAGGCUCCUCGAAGCGUUGUGGGCGUAUACCAAAUAUCGCGAAAGUCACAUGGCUGAGCUGGACCGAUGGCGAAGCUUGUACAAGAGCGUCGGCAAGCAGCAGAAGAAGACGUUAGAAAAGGUAGUUGGCUACACAAAGAGGCUUGAUGAGGUUGAGGAACUUAUCCUUGUGAAUGCAGCCGUCUCUAAGAGCAUGGCUGUUCACGCUAUGAAGUUCUAUGGUAUCCAUCAUGCGGAGCUGGAUGAACACAUAAAGCAGGCCGAGAAAGACAAGAGGCAACCUGACACAUACGCCAGGGCGCAAACGCUUAAGCAUUACGUACGAGACUGGGCCGACGAAGGUCUGAAGGAGAGGAACGAGGCUUUUCCAUGCAUCUUGAGCACUUUGAGCGACAUCAAGGUGCAGUCAUCAGAGACCGCAUCUCUCAAAGUACUACUUCCAGGCUCUGGUGUCGGUAGGCUAGGUCAUGACGUAGCUAAUCUUGGUGGCUUCGAGGUGACGAUCAAUGAAUGGUCAAUGUUCAUGAACGUUGGCUAUCAUUACAUGGAAGCGCAAAAGGAUGCGAACGCGGUUACCAUACAUCCUUUUAUCGACAGAAUGUCGCACCACGCCACGAGAGCUGAUAUGAUACGAAGCGUUGCGGUACCCGAUGUUGCGCCCAAUCCUGACGUACUCCUCGUCGAGGGUGAUUUCAACACCGCAUUCAAAGAUCAACCAGGCCACUUUGACAUUAUCAUCACUCAUUUCUUCAUCGACACAGCUCGUAACCUCAUGGCGUAUUUUGAUACCAUACAAAGGCUUUUGAAGCCUGGUGGUAGGUGGAUUAACUUCGGUCCACUUCUCUACGGUACUGGGCCCUUUGUGCAACUGAGCCUUUCGGAGAUUAUCGAUGUUGUAGAGGAGAUGGGUUUCGAGUUCGAAGAUUUGGGUAAUAAGUGCGGCGAGCUGACAUUCGAAGGCAAGAAGGUUCGGAGCAAAGAAGCGGAAUACGGAUUCAACCAGAGAGCGUUGACGAGAUAUGCAUACCUAGCGCAGGUGUGGAUAGUGAGGAAGGCAUAA